UUCAGCUUCCUUACAGUAAUUGCUUCAGCACAUAUUCUCACUUUAUUAAAACGCCAUUCCUGUCUUUCCAUCUGCAUAUAUGUGAUUUAUAUAUAUAUAUAUAGAGAGAGAGAGAGAGAGAGAAGUAGUGCAGUGUGAAAGAGAAGAGAAACUCGUCAAUUUCGGUGUUUGAGAAAAAGUGGGAUGCCGAAGCAGAAUUUCAAGGUGUGCCUGUGUUGGAGGAGAAUAUUCAAGACAAGGGUGGUCGAGCCACCUCCAGAUGUUAAGAAUGCCUUCAAUCAUUUCUCACAAAGUGGAACGAUGACUGUGGAUGACCUCCUGACGUUUCUGAUUGAACAUCAAGGUGAAAAUAAUGCCACCAAGGAAGAUGCUCAAGCCAUUUUUGAUAGCCUCAAGCAUCUUAAUCUAUUCCACAGGAGAGGACUCCAUUUAGAAGCUUUCUUUAGAUAUCUCCUUGGUGACCAUAACCUUGCUCACCCUCCAUCUUCAAAGGUGCACCAUGACAUGACGGCUCCAUUGGCCCAUUAUUUCUUAUUCACGGGACACAACUCCUACUUGACUGGGAAUCAAGUAAUCAGCGCCAGCAGUGUAGAACCCAUUAAAGAUGCUCUGCUUAGAGGUGUAAGAGUGAUUGAAUUGGACCUGUGGCCAAAUUCCAAGGGGGACGAUGUCGAAAUUCGCCAUGGCGGGUAUCAUCAACUAGCUACAUCCUUUUCUUAUCCCAUAUUUCUUUUUUCUUGUAAAAAGGAACAUGAUUUCUACAAGACUCUGACUUCUCCAGUGGACCUCCAAAAAUGUUUGCAAGCAAUUAAGGAGAAUGCAUUCCAGGCUUCAGAAUAUCCAGUUGUGAUCACUUUUGAAGACCAUUUGAAUCCAAAUCUUCAGAAAAAGGUGGCUAAGAUGGUCACAGAAACUUUUGGAGAUAUGCUCUACUGGUCCGAAACAGAAAACAUGCAGCAAUUUCCUUCACCAGAAUCAUUGAAGAAAAGGAUUCUGAUUUCAACCAAACCCCCUAAAGAGUACCUGGGAGAAAACAGGGGAGAUGUUUCAGAAACUGAGAGUGGAAGACGGAAUCCAUCAGAUGUAGGAGAACAUUUUCCAGAUGAAGACGAAGAAUAUACUGUGGUUCAAUACAGGCAGCUAAUUGCCAUUCAUGCUGGGAAGCUCAAAGGUGGAUUAGAGAACUGGCUGAGUGAUGACCCAGUGAAAGUCCGACGGCUUAGCUUGAGUGAACAAGAGCUUGAAAAUGCUAUUAGAACAUAUGCUACUAAGAUUGUGAGGUUUACUCAACGAAAUUUGCUGAGAGUGUAUCCUAAAGGCACACGCUUAGACUCUUCCAAUUACAAUCCUUUUGUGGGGUGGAUGCAUGGAGCUCAAAUGGUUGCAUUUAACAUGCAGGGAUAUGGAAAGUACUUAUGGAUAAUGCAAGGAAUGUUUAAAGCAAAUGGUGGAUGCGGCUAUGUGAAGAAACCUGAUUUUUUAUUGCGGAGGGGAGAGAAUGAUGAGGUUUUUAAUCCCAGUGCGCCAUUGGAAGUCAAGACCGUUAUGAGGGUAAAAGUUAUCUUGGGGGAAGGUUGGCAUCAGGAUUUCCACCAUACUGCAUUUGAUCGCUAUUCCCCGCCCGACUUCUAUACGAAAAUUGGAAUUGCUGGUGUUCCAGAAGAUAAGGAUGUAAAGCAAACAACAAUAAUAGAAGAUGAAUGGCUACCUGUAUGGGACCAGGAUUUCGAAUUCCUAAUUCGUGUUCCGGAAUUAGCUGUGCUUCGGAUUCAAGUCCUGGAAUAUGACACCACUGGGAGACCUGAUUUCGGAGGCCAAACAUCUUUACCUGUAUCAGAGUUGAGAACUGGGAUUAGGACGGUCCCAUUAUGUGACAAGAAGGGAAAUAAAUACAAGCAUGUAAGGCUCCUCUUGAGCAUUAACUUUGGACGCCCUUAUGAUCUCUGAUUACCCACACAUUUACUUAAUGUUUGUAAUGGAUUAUCAUAUCUUGCAUGCAUGCAUGCUUAAACAUCAUUUGCUCCA